GGAAUCAAAAGCAUUACCCGAACGUUAAAACCGCUCUCAUCUUCUCUCUCUCUCUCUCCACAUAUAUAUGUAUUUUUCCCGGCGAUUUGAGCAACAAAGAAGUAUUCCUUCUAUCUUCGUCGUCUGUGAGGAACCAAACCCUCCCAAUCUUGAAUUCUUCAACUCUCCCCUGAUUACAUUCUCAGUCUGAGAAACUCCAAUAUUGAUCCAUCGGAGUUUUAGAGAUACGAGCUUAAAUCUGAGCUCUCCCGCUCAAUCACUCACGCCCGAUCAAUGGUGUUUACGGAAGUUUCUGAAAGAGAGAGGCCGCACAAGUUCAUGGCCAUGGCUCCUGAAAGAUCGAGGCCUCUCCAUAAUUUCGACAUGCCUUGCUUGAGAUGGGGGAAUCAACGGGUUCUCAGAUGCAUGAAAGUGAAUUCCAACGGAGAAAUUUCCCCCUUCGACCGCAGAUUAUCGCCUUCUUCUGAAGCCGAAUACGAAGAUUUUAUCGGCCGGAGAAGGGAAUCGAAUUCCACGAAGCAGGGAUCUUCUAACGGCUUCGGAAAAUCCAAGAAACUGCUUUCGCCGCCGAUUGGAGCUUAUGGAGAGAAAUCAGAGAUUGAUGGUGAUGUAGACGACGGGAUUGAAGAGGUUAGGGAAAAACUCAUGUCUGAACUCCGUACAGCUGCUAAUAAGAUUAAUGUUGCGAUUCCUGAGGAAGGCGAAGAAGAUGAGUCGUUCGCUGCGGCGGCGAGGCCGUGGAAUCUUAGAAAGAGAAGAGCAGCUUGUACGGCUCCCAAUGAUAACGGAAGAGGAGUAGGUGGUGGUAGUGGUCUAGCUGGGUGUUCGAACUCAAAGAAUGAAGAGCGUCAGCAGAAUACUUCUCCUCCGCGGAAUGAAAAUUCCACCAUUAAAUCGCUUCGGGUGAGGUUUUCGUCUCCUGCGCAAGGCAGCGUUGGGAAGAAGGAGAUCCCUAAGUUCUCGAUCCCACUUUCUCGGCAAGAGAUAGAGGACGAUUUUUUCUCCAUGACGGGGGCAAGGCCACCUCGGAGGUCAAGGAAGAGGACUAGGAACGUACAGAAGCAACUCGAAACAACAUUUCCUGGUUUAUGGUUGUCAGAAAUAACGCUGGAUUCAUACAAAGUACCUGAUACUCCUGAACCUGGAAAGAGAUAGAGAUGAUAUGACCACAGUUCGUAGAAGUUUCAUGAUUUCCACUCAUUGACAAUCGCAGCAUUAUGAUCUCAACUAGGUGUAUAACACACCAUUCUUCUGUAAAUUGGGAAUUUCAUAAAAAAUGUUGAAUUUUCUAGUAACCUGCAGUGCAAUUCCAGUUGCUGUUAGAUACUAAUUUGAUUAUCUUCAUUGUUUCAUCUUCCUGAUUAUCUUAUUUGGUAUAAUCAAGAGUAGGUGGGUGUUGUUUCCUGUUGGGUAGAAAAGAGGAAAAACAAAAUGCUAUUGAGUUUGAUGCGCUGAAUUCACUUGCUUACA